AUGAAUUCAAGAAAUGUUACUGCGUUUCUGAUAGUGCAGUUUGGCGUAGCACCAAAAUGGUUCUGCACUCGCACUAGGACAGCACCAGAGCAGAGUCAGUGCAUGUGUACCGAAUUCGCCAUUAUUACUCAUUAUUACUGCUUUUACUGCUUGUUACUACACAGUGGUUGCAGUCCGUCAUAAUUUAAUUGUAAAUCCGUCGAAAUUCCUUGCCUCUCGAAAUUACAGAAUACAAAUAUCCCUCAAUUGAAAUUUCGGUCGGUUAAAUAUAUUAAUUAAAACCCAAUGCAUUGCAGCAAGAUUUCUGACCGCAUUUGCGACAGUAAACAUGCGUAAAAAUAAAUAAUAAAUAAAUAAAUCAUUUUAAUACAAACUCUUUUUCAUAUCGAAUUUACGAUUCAAAUUACGCGCAAUGUACAAGUCGCAGUUUGUCGGUUUGGACGAUAAACCGUGUGAUACAAAAUGCUUAUUGUGUGAUUGUACAUUUGUUCUUCCCACGAAUGAGACAGAUCUUCUUAUACACUUGUUUAAAGUGCAUCGCCUCGUUAUAGCUGAUGUUUGGAAAAUAGCUAAUUUAAGGAGUUAUGUACAUUACUGGAGCAUAAAAUUUAAAGAAACACCAUUGACGACCUAUUGUACUACAAUAUUAAUGGAUUGCACACCGAAUGGACAGCCAAGUAAAAAUGAGCAUUACUUUCUACUUUCUGACUGUCUGUCAGAGGACAAGACUUUAAGAGACGAAAUACAUCGAGCUAAACUAGAAUGGACAUUGACUCAACAAGAAGCUGAACGUGCAGAUACCAGUUUUAAACGCGGCUGUAUAUUUUGCCGUACUGAAAUCUGUGGAUCACGUGCUGAGUACAUAAAACACUUGUACCAGAAGCAUAAUCUUUAUCUUGGCAAGUCAGAAAACUUAGUGUUCGUGGACAAGCUUCUGGACAAAAUUGAAAAUAGCAUUGAAAGUUUGAUAUGUAUUUAUUGUGAGGGAACAUUUAAGGAUCGUAUGGUAUUAAAAGAACAUAUGCGAAAAAAAUUUCAUAAAAGCAUAAAUCCUCAUAAUAAAGCAUAUGAUAAAUUUUAUAUAAACAAUUAUCUAGAGCCAGAAAAGACUUGGGAACGAAAACAGGCUAAUUUGAAAGCAAAACCCGACAUAGGAGGUGGUAGUAGUGAAAAUGAGGAUGAAGGAAAUUCGUGGUCUGAUUGGAACGAUGAAUCUAUCAAAAUAAUAUGUCUAUUUUGUAAUUAUAGCAACAAUGAGUUUACUUGUAUCCUAAGGCAUAUGAAAAAGACGCAUAAUUUUGAUUUUGAAGAAACUGUCAGAGACCUGACCUUUUACCAGAAAGUGAAAAUAGUCAAUUAUAUAAAAAGACAAAUUCAACUAAAACGAUGUAUUUUCUGCGAAACAAAAUCGGACAAUGUCUUGGAACAUAUGAAGAUUCAACAACAUUGUAAAAUUGCUACACAAAACGUUUGGGAUCAGCCAGAAUAUUAUUUUCCUAUGUCUGAAAAUGACUCAUUUUUAUACAAUCUUGAUGCAACUAAUAACAGCGAUGAAGAAAGUGAUAUUGAGAAUCUUACUGAAGCAAUGUGUAAUUUAUAA